AUGCCUUUAGAACUUCGACGCUUGUUGGCCCACCACAUUCACGACGGUGCUAGCACCGAAACAUACAGCCGAGAUGUUCUCGCACCGGCAGCUCGAGAAUUGGAAGAGAUCCUCACAGCUAUUCAAAGCGGUGAGCUCCUCCCUGAUGCGACAUGCUCACAGACCAGGGCCCAUGCGACGACGCUGCUCGAGUUGCCCGCGCAGCCACAGGACGCCGGGGACGGGCAGGAGGUGCCAAUCGGAGAACUCCUCGCCCAAGAGCCCGCGGGCGGCCCAUUGGACAGCCGGCUUUCUCGCUGA